CACGUCGUUUUGGUCGGGCUCCAGUGCUCCACCAAUUUGCGCAAAAUCUCCCCUCUCUGCUCCCACUACUCAAAUAUCGCCGGAACAAAUCCUGAUCAACCACCGUCGCCAAGCCGCGUCGCCUCCGCCGCCUUCCCCUUUCCGACGUCCUUAUUCGCCGCUGUCGAGUUCGCCCGUCCAGGUCAGCAGCACGUCGACACUUGGUGGCUGCAUUGGUGGUGGUGAGGAAACAACAUUGAAAUAAUCUUCUGAUUUGAUGGCAUCUCGUUUGCAAAUUCAAGGGGAUGAGUCAGUCCUCUGUCAUGUUACACAUUCUAAUCUCAAGAGCUUCAAUGCUGAUGUUCGAUUUUCACUUCAGCUAACUGUGGAAGCCAUGAAAGAGAAGCUCUGGAAAAAAUGUGGUACUUCUGUAGAUUCAAUGUCCCUUGAGCUUUAUGAUGACACAGGUGCUAAAAUUGCUGAUCUGAGUGAUAAUGCAAGACCCUUUGGGUUCUAUUCUCCAAUGAAUGGAUGUCGGCUGCAUGUUGUAGAUCUUGACCCAGCAUCAGUAACUUCUGGUGGCUGGCUGGAAGACACAUCUUUGGUGGAGAAAUAUGAAAUUUCCGAUGAAGCUUUUAAAAAACGUGAUGGUACUUUCAGAAAAUUUAAGGAAAAGUUAGCUGUUCAAAAUCCUCCAGGUGCUAGUAAUAAGUUGCCUGACAAUUACAUGGAAGAUCUUUGUGCUAACAUCAAGGUGGGAGAUAGAUGUCAAAUUAAACCAGGAGACAAACGUGGUGUUGUGAAAUAUGUUGGCCAAGCAGAAAAUCUAGGCCCUGGUUUCUGGGUUGGAGUUCAAUAUGAUGAACCACUGGGGAAGCAUGAUGGAUUGGUAAAAGGAAGACGCUACUUCAAUUGUCCACCACUUCAUGGUGCGAUGGUUAGACCGGACAAAGUACAGGUGGGAGACUUCCCUGAACGAGAUCCAUUUGAAGAGGAGGAGAUCUAGAAGUGCCUCGCAACGUCGUCUAAAUUUUUGUAGUUUCAUCAAGUAUUUUGCUGAUGUUUUAUCAAUUGAGAGAACUACAUUGCUGAUUUGCUGACCUUGCUGCAAGAAAAUAGAUGAAGAUGGAAAUUUUCUAUCCUUUGUUUUUCGGGGUUGAGGUUUUGGUGCUGCUGUUGGUUUUCAUCCAAUUUCCAGUAUCUUUCUUUGCAAGAUGAUAUGUCUUGUCACCUAAAUUAAACUGCAAUUGGUUUGAUGAUUUGCAUACAUAUCUGUCUAUCAAUUAAUCAAAAUUGUACUUGCUUUUGUCCCUAGUCUGAAGCAUAUUUGAAGUGAUUGUAGAAA